AUGUCAUACUUGCAAGCUAUAGACUCUGAUGUUUUGACAUAUACCACUAGCAGCAUCGACGCGUUGAAGGAGGCCCGAUUUCGACCACGGAGUCAGGCAACAUGGGCACUGCUAGCAGAAUGGAAUCUCUGCUCACGAUGUCGCAAGCUGCUCUUCAAGCUGGAGCCCAAUGGUUACAUUGAAGAAUUUCCUAAAGACAUCCGAGAACGUGGAGGUAAAGGUUGCCCAUUUUGUGGUGUGCUUUGUGAGGCCGCAGUUUGGGCAGGAAUCUGGUCCGAUGUCCAACCUGGAGACGAAAGUGAGGAAACUGUCGAGCUUGAACUUGUGAGCCGAUCCUCUAUCGAGAUGAUCUCGAUGGCCGACGUCAAGCCCGAACUCGGCUGUGUGAUAUCUCUCGAGGAUGAACCUAUUCCACAGCCCAUUGAUGAAACCAGUCAGGCCAACCUAUCAGGCGAAAAUGUCUCCUUUAUCAGGAACCAGCUCAACAACUGCCUCUUCAAUCCAGCGCAUGAUUGCGAGCCUCUGGCACUAGAUGACGAGGCUCAGUGGCCAGCCCGGGUCUUGCAGAUCCGCAAUCAAUCUGUAAUCCUCCUCGACUUCGACACUGAUGUCAUGCCGGGGCAAUUCGCUGCCCUCAGCUACUGCUGGGGCAGCGCGUCCGAGUUGCAGUCAAAUCCACCAUACAAGGCAACAGCUUCCACCAUUCAGGCCCUUCGUUCCGGUAUUGAUACUUCAAAGCUGCCUGUUACUAUUCAGCAAGCCUUAUGGGUGUGCAGAGAGCUGAAAAUUGGAUAUAUUUGGAUCGAUUCGCUCUGUAUCAUUCAGGACUCAAUACAUGACUGGGAAGUUGAGGCCACGAAAAUGGCCACUGUAUACUCUAUGUCCAAAGUGACUAUCAUCGCCGCCUCAUCGACGUCUUGUCACAGUGGGUUCCUCAACGUUGAAAGGCGCCAUGAUCGGCUUCGGACAUCACUCGACUUGCCUUUCCAACUAACUGUGAGCUCCAUCUGCACUUCUGGAUUCCAUAAGCACAAGUCGGUGGGCCACCCUCAUGACCCCCUCGAUACCCGUGGGUGGACAUUCCAAGAGGAAGUCCUCUCAUCUAGAUAUAUCAAGUUUACAAAGGAUGAUAUCCAGUGGAAGUGCAAUGCGGGAUCCGCGUGCCAAUGCGGUCGGCAGCCUAGCAAGGCCUAUCAUGGUCUUUGGCAGGUUUCGAGUCCUACAAGUCUUGACGAACGAUCUUGGGAGAGCUUAGUCGAGGAGUUUUCCCACAGGCUCUUCACCAAAGACACAGACAAGUUGGUGUCAUUGUCCAGUUUGGCAAGGAAAAUGGCCCCCAGGUUCCCCGCGCUCAACGGACAGACACCAUAUGUUGCUGGACUCUGGCGACACACUCUUGUGCAACAGUUGAAAUGGUACGCAGCGGGUGAACUGGGUCGGUACUCUGACCGCUAUGUCGCACCAAGCUUCUCCUGGGCCUCGCUCAGCUUCUACAGAAGGGGUGUGGAGUUUUCGUUACCUCUAACACACAUUCUUUGUGAGGCCGUAGAUGCGAGUACCACGCCUGUGUACCAGAGAAAUCAGUUUGGAGCUGUCUCUAGAGGAACUAUAACCCUAUACGGCCCGCACAUAUACUACACUAUUCGAUUUCAGGAGGGAAAAUCUAAGAUGUUUAUUAGGCAGGAGAUGACGCCAGCACUGGAGGUGAAACACAUAAUCCUCGACUGCCCGCUGCGCGAACACCUCAUCGACGAUGGCCGCGUCACGCUGCAGAGAUCAACGAGCCCGGCGCAGCAAGAAGAUGGAGAGUUCUCCGUCAGCGUUUUUAUCUUGGGACAAUCUGGGCAGCGGCCAUUUGGAAGCCUGUACUGCUUGAUUCUUGGAUACGGGGAAAAUGGGGAGCACCAGCGGCUUGGUCAGGUUCUGUUGGGAUACGCGGACAGGGAGACCAAAUUUUCCCCCGAGCAUUUCAAGCCCUUGAGAAAAGAAGUUGUUUUGGUUUAA